UUUCUAAAUAAAAGUAGAUUCAAAGUAGUUUGAUUGAUUAUCGGGAGCUAUUCAUACAAAUGAAAAGUCCUUAUUAAAUAUUGAGCAAAGAAGUGGUGUACAGCAUGUGUUAUCUUGCUGUCACACUGUUAAGAGGAAAAUGAAAAUAAGCGACUUGAAAAAAAUAUUAUAAAAAUAUUAGUGACAACAAUAUCCUGACAAUAUAUAUGUAUAUUCGAAGACCAAAUAGAAGGCAGAAAAUAUCGAAAAAAUAGCUCGAACAGUCGAUAUUGUGAAAGGUAUCUACAUUUUUGGUAAGGGUGUUCAUAAAAUGCUUUCCACGCAGCAUCGAACUGUACAAGCUGCUCAUAUGGUUAUUAUCUUUUUUUUGUAAUUUUGAUGUUUUGUCAGUUAUAAUCAGAAGCUGCAGCAAAAACAAGGAACUAUUCAUGUAUGGAAUACAUAGCGGCCUCAAAUGUUUUUGUGCAUGCAUUUAAAAAAUAUUGCAUGACAAAUCAAACUUUAUGUGACAACAUGUGUAAAUAGAAGUCUUGGAAUCGUAACCACGACUUUGAAAACUUGAGAAUAAUUUCAUCACUUUUAACCUCAUAAGCUGGUUGAAAUAGUUGAUUGUUUACGCAACAAUGUUAAUAGCAUUGGAAUUUGACAUUUUUAUUGAUAAUUGUUUACCUACAUAUUAAUUACCUCCUAACGCCCUUCUAGCCAUGUCUGGAGCGUCACAUUCUAAUUAGUGAAUAACUACACGAGACGGUAUCCAAUGCAAUUUAAAUAUUGACUGUCACGAAAGAAGUUAAAACGCUCUCAAAAUCAUCUCGUUCGACUUUUUUCGGUUUUGAUUUAUACUGACUUGGGAUUUAAUCUGUACAAGAAAACAAUCAGUUAUGUCUUUGAACUCAAACAAAUUUGCUAUUUUCUUCGAAUCGCUUCAACCAUGGACCUUCCCGGCGUCGAUUUUGUCAUUUCUACUCGGAACAGCCUUAGCGUGGAAAAAUGAUGGCAAGUUUCUUCUCCUGAACUUUUUCCUCACAGCUCUCGUGAUCCUGUUCACGCACGCAGCGGGGAAUUUUGUGAACUCGUUCUACGAAGCACAGAACCGAAGAUUCUUUAUUUCACCCGCGACACGAAGAGUCACGCUUGAGCUUAGCGCACAGUGGGCAAUAUGGAGCUACGUUCUAGCGACGGCUGCCUUCGGCUGCCUGGCUGUGGCUUCUAAAGUUGAACUCAGACAGGAAUUUGGGUUGUAUGCCACUGGGUUCCUCGCUUCUUUGCUUCAUGGUGGAGGAUUGAAGAACAUAGUUCUUGGUGAGGUGUUAGCCUGCGGAGUAUUUGGACCUCUGUCCAUUCUGUUCGCAUACAUUGAACAGGUUGGAAGCACGGAUCACCAGCUCUCGUAUUUAUGGAUUGCCGUUUACUCUUUGCCAUUUGUGCUCUUUACGGAAGCUAUAUUUCACAGUCAAAACACACGUGACCUAAACUCAGACAGGAAAGCCGGUCACAGGACUCUGGCAAUACUUGUGGGACCACAAAGUUCAUGUUAUCUUCACACCUUGUUACUGUUGUUCCCGUAUGUAGUAACAGGUUUACUAGCAUCCUCGACCUCGCUGUAUUUUAGCAUACCUGUGAUUACAAUUCCGUUUGCUUUGAAUUUAAGUGUAGCGUGUUUUGAAGGAGAACACCUCACCUUGCCACAAAAUAUAGUCUUGUUAGAUUCUGCAUUUGGAAUUUUGUAUGUGAUUAGUGUGUUCUUGAAGUGAAAGAAGAGCUUUUCAAAUGUAAUCGUUUGUUGUCUGAGCACCAGUGGAUUUCAGGGAGUAAUAUACAAAACAUGCCAAAUAACAUCUAACGGUCCAACAUCAUAGUCGUCAAAAUCGGUGGAAUGAUUUCUAAACGGUGUUUAUUUCAUGGGGUUUCUUGUUUAAGAACAUAACAUGUUGGUCAAUUAUGGGAUGAAAAGUACAGCCGAAAUAAGCGAGCUGUUUUGUGGUUCGCACUAUUAUCUGCAUCAGAAAUUUCAUCCAAGAUUUUCGAUUUUGUUUGGCACGGUCUAUUCUCGUUAUCGUAGGGUCCCCAACCACUCACGUGAAAUCACGAAUGCUCCGACAACAGUGGUUUCGACUACCUUUCUGCAAAUUAAAAAUUCGAGCAUUAGUUAGGUACGAAGUUAUAAUUCAACAAGGCAAGUUGAUUUUUGUGGUUUAACUCUGGAUAUUGUGUUUGUGGAGCGAAUACUUAAAAUAACUGUUCUAACAGUCUUGAGGUGUGACCCUAACCCGUUAAGACGGCAACCUUGUUGAUACAGUCAAAUUUUCAUGGACCGUCGGUGAUCGUAUUAACGGGGUUCCACUGUAUAGUUCAGUUCUUUGUUAUGUUGAAAAUGCUAUUAAAAUGAUAAACAAUAUCGCGAGUCGAAAGCAUGCUUACUUAAGUGUAACGCAGAACAACGAGAUUAAUAACGCAAUAGAGCGGUUUUCAAUUGAGUGUCUUAAAACCAAAACCAAAGUAAUCACUCUAUCCAGUUACAAUGGACACAGAAACCCAUGCAACUCUUUUCUCAUGGUCAACAUGGCUAGCGGCAUGGAUCGCGGGCGCGUGCGCCCAACGACGACGACGCGCAACAUUGCGGCCAUACUCCAGCUCACUCCAGCUGAUACCAAGUCAUGCAGUCUUGGUUUACAGCGUAUAUCUUUGAUAUUGGACAUCCAUGUUAUGUUAAUUGACCUGU